ACUGUGCAGGCAUGAUAAAUAAGUAGCCAAUGAGUAAAUGAUCUCCUGUCCACUUCCCUCCCCACGGUUGGGCUAGAUUCAAAGCUCCAAGCCCUUGGCUGACCUUUGUGGUGACCAGACCCCUCAUCCUGAGCAGUCUUGCUCUCAUGAACUAAGGGGCGACUCGAGGGGCUCAUGAAUAACAAAGGCCCUCCUGCGACUCAGGGAAUUCCAAGAAUAUAGAGUCCAGAAGGACUUAGGAACCACGAACGAAGGCAAAAUUUAGUAUACGACAGGCACAAACUGGAAGAAAUGAACUUGAUUGACCAAGAGCUUCUCCAAAGUAAUAUUUAAUGCCAGACGACAGUAGCACAAGGUCCACAGUGUUCUGAGGGAAAGAAAACUUUCCGCAAGAACCUUGCACCCAGCCGAGUUGUUUUCAUAUAAAGUCAAUUAUCAACUCAGCGGAGGAAUAAAACUAAGGCAGGGAAGGCAGCCCUUGCGAGGAAAAAUAAACCUACUAGCUGUUAAACUCAACAGAGGAAAACAUUAACGAACACGUUCUUGAGCAUCAGAUCCACUUACGCAGGGAUCUGAGUUUCUCUGCCUGAGCACUGGGAGCAUUUGGGGUUGGAAAAUUAACUCGUCGUUGUAGGGGCUCUUGAUCCAUUGGAAGGUGUUCAGCGGCAGCCCUUAACUUCUUUCCUUUCCACUUCAAAGCCCCUCCGUCUUCCCCCGCCCUUGUCUCUUUCUCCUGGCCAGCCGCUCCAGCAACUCCACGUUGGAACUGAGUAACCGAGUCCUUCCUGUGACUCAACUGCUUUCCCAGCACUCCCUUCCCAAAAGCUUGCAGGGGGUGUAAAGCCAUUUACUAUGCGAGGGAGAGCACAGCGAACUGUGUAAGUUUUCAGGCUGGAAGUUUAGCCCAGAACUCCUGCUCCUCCCUCAGGUCCCCACCAAUCACGAGAAGGCAGUCCGGGCCAGCCCUGCUUUCCCAGGGUUACACUGAUGGCCGCUCCUCGUUUGGGUUUCCAAGCGCAGGAAAGCAGAUGGAGAGCUGGAGCUUCAAGGCUGCUCGUCCAGGAAACAGGUCUGCCAUCAGCCGCAGUGGUGCCAGAAUCUGUCAUUUUAGCUGGAAAGAGACCUUCCAACCCGGCCUUCUGGUGGGUAAACGGAGAUGGAGAAGAAGUGAGAUGGGGUUUUGAAGAACUGGGAUUUCUGUCCAGGAAACUCGCCAACAUCCUGACGGAAUUCUGCGGCCUACGAAGGGGAGAUCGCGUAGUCGUGAUUCUGCCCCAGAUCCCGGAGUGGUGGCUUGCAAAUGUAGCCUGUCUGCGAACAGGGACAGUUUUGAUUCCAGGGACCACUCAGCUGACCCAGAAAGACGUCCUCUACAGACUGCGAUCUUCGAAGGCCAAGUGCAUCAUCACCAAUGAAGCUAUGGCCCCCACGGUGGAUGCUGUUGCCCCUGAAUGUGAAAACUUGCACUCCAAGCUGGUCGUGUCUCAGAACUCCAGGGAGGGGUGGGGGCACCUCACGGGGCUGAUGAGACAUGCCAGUGACAACCACACCUGUGUGAGGACAAAGCACGAUGAGUUGAUGAGCAUUUUCUUUACCAGCGGAACGAGCGGGUUUCCUAAGAUGACCGGACACACCCACAGCAGUUUUGGUUUAGGAUUAUCUGUCAAUGGGAGGUUCUGGCUGGAUCUGACACCUUCGGACGUGAUGUGGAACACGUCGGACACGGGCUGGGCAAAGAUGGCAUGGAGCAGUGUUUUCUCUCCGUGGACCCAGGGAGCAUGUGUAUUUGCACAUUAUUUGCCGCGGUUUGAGCCGACAUCCAUCUUGCAGACUCUCGCCAAGUUCCCCAUCACGGUCUUCUGUUCAGUGCCGACUGCAUACAAAAUGCUUGUACAGAGUGACAUGACCAGCUAUGAGUUCAAAAGCUUACAGCACUGCGUGAGUGCUGGAGAACCAAUCAACCUUGAAGUUACUGAACAGUGGAGAAGCAAGACAGGUCUGGAUAUUUACGAAGGAUAUGGACAGACUGAGACGGUGCUAAUCUGUGGAAAUUUUAAAGGAAUGAAAAUUAAGCCUGGCUCAAUGGGAAAGCCUUCCCCUGCUUUCGACACUAAGAUUCUGGAUGAAAAUGGCAACGUCCUACCUCCUGGACAAGAAGGAGACAUUGGCCUUCGAGUCCUCCCUAACCGACCGCUGGGCCUUUUCACUCAUUAUAUAGAUAAUCCGACGAAAACAGCGUCGACUCUAAGAGGCAAUUACUACAUCACUGGGGACAGAGGCUAUAUGGAUGAAGAUGGCUAUUUCUGGUUCAUUGCAAGAUCGGAUGAUAUUAUAUCAUCCUCUGGUUACCGAAUUGGACCAUUUGAGGUAGAAAGUGCCCUGAUUGGGCAUCCUGCGGUGGCUGAGUCAGCUGUCGUCAGCAGCCCAGACCCCAUCAGAGGAGAGGUCGUAAAGGCUUUUAUUGUUCUGAACCCUAAUUAUAAGUCACAUGACCAAGACCAACUAAAAAAGGACAUUCAGGAGUAUGUUAAAAAAACCACAGCACCUUACAAAUAUCCCAGAAAGGUAGAAUUUGUUCAAGAGCUGCCGAAGACUAUCAGUGGGAAGAUAAAAAGAAAUGAACUGAAGAAGAAAGAAUGGGAAAAAAUUUAAAUCCAUUCCAUAAUCACAGCACCUAUAAAACAAAGAUUGUAGAAACCACAAGAUUAUGUAGAGGUGAUAAAAAUGUGACAGUAUGAUUAUAAACUAUUGAUUUAAAAUAUCUUGCGGUUAUAACAUCAGAGGCUGAAUCCUGAAAUAAAACACUCAGUAAAUUCCUCUGCA